AGCUUCACUCUUUCUUAUGAAAUACCUACAAGUGACGGAAUGAUCAGUAGUUCUUUCCAGUUGCUUUGGGGCCUUCUCAUUCUCUCAGUUCUCUCCUCAAAAUCCUUGUCACAAGUUCACAUAGUCUAUCUAGGCCAUAACAAUGUCAAUCAACAAAACCUUACUACCAAGUUUCAUAUCAAGCUCCUUUCCAGAGUCUUUUCUAGAGAGGAUGAGGCAAAGGAGGCCAUGCUCUAUAGCUACUGGCAAAGUUUCUCCGGCUUUGCUGCCUCACUCAACUCAACACAAGCCACCAAAAUGGCCAAGAUGAAAGAAGUGAUUUCUAUUUUCAGAAGCAAGACAUUAAAGCUGCAUACAACAAGAAGCUGGGAUUUCAUGGGUCUACCUCUUUUCAAUACCGAAGCUGCUCCAAUGCAAUUGGAAUAUGGCGACGAUGUUGUAAUUGGCAUCUUCGAUACAGGUAUAUGGCCAGAAUCGGAGAGCUUUCGACCUAGCCCUACGCUGGGCCCUAUUCCCUGCAACUGGCGCGGGAGGUGUGUGGCCGGAGAACGCUUCGAUCCGGCCACCGACUGCAAUCUCAAGAUCGUCGGAGCUCGAUACUACCUGUCGGGCUUCGAGCGUGAUUAUGGCCCUCUCAACUCCACGGGCUCUGAAGCAGAAUUUCGUUCUCCCCGCGACCGGCUCGGCCCCGCCCCCGCUUCCACUGCCGCGGGAUCGCCCUCAGGCAAUGCUUCCUACCUCGGCCGCCUCGCCGCCGGCACCGCCCGCGGUGGUGCGCCGCGCGCUCGCCUCGCAGUUUACAAGGUGUGCUGGUACAAGGACUUGCAGGGACGGUGCAGCGAUGCGGACAUUCUCGCGGCGUUCGACGAUGCGAUCGCCGACGGGGUGGCGGUGAUCUCCGCUUCUCUCGGCCCCCCCCCGCCGCUGAUGCCAUUUUUUCAGUCGAGCACCGACAUCGGGGCCUUCCACGCGUCCCAGGUUGGCGUUACGGUCGUCUUCUCGGCCGGAAACGAUGGACCAGAGACCGGCGUCGUGCAGAACGUUUCGCCGUGGGAGAUCACCGUUGCCGCCGGAACCAUCGAUCGAGGUUUCCCGACGAUCAUUCUCCUCGGGAACAACGUCUCCAUUGUGGGAGAAGGGCUAAUUGUUCGAGAGAUAAAUCUGAAGUUGAUAGACAGCGGCAAACUGUUUGAUGACGGGUCAUGCUCUUUUGAUAAGUGGAAUCGUCGCAGGUUGGCUACAGGAAAAAUCGUUCUAUGUUUUGCUUCCAUUGGAGGGAUUUCAAGCUCAAAUGCAGCGCUGACGAUUUUGGCAAUCAAUGGAUCUGGAAUGAUUUUUACAGAACCCGCAGCUAAAGAAACACCUCAGGAUGAUUUCCUCCCAACAGUUCAUGUUAAUCUCUACGAAGGAACUCAAAUCUUACACUACAUUGAAUCCUCCGAUGAUCCCACCGUGCAAAUUUUUCCUAGUAAAACAACUACAGGUCUCUUGCCAGCACCUUCAGUCGCUCAUUUCUCUUCCAGGGGACCAAGCUCCAUUUCCCCUAACAUUCUUAAGCCUGAUAUCACAGCACCCGGAGUCAACAUUUUAGCAGCUUGGCCUCCGAUAUCUUCUCCCACGCUGCUACCAUUCGAUAAGCGCUCUGUCAACUGGAAUUUUGACUCAGGAACCUCAAUGGCGUGCCCCCACAUAUCCGGCAUUGUGGCUCUCCUCAAGUCUGCUCACCAAAACUGGUCCCCUGCAGCAAUCAAGUCUGCAUUAAUGACAACCGCUUACUCAGUUGACACAAGCUCCGAUAUUGUCGCUGCACGUGGAACGCUCAAACCGUCGGAUUCAUUCGACAUUGGUGCGGGGCAUGUUAAUCCCUUGAAAGCAAUGGAUCCGGGACUCAUUUACGACAUUGAAACACAAGAUUAUGUUCUGUUUCUCUGCAGCUUACGUUAUUCCGAAAGCCAAAUAAGCAGAAUGAUCCUUUCAUCACAGAAAAUUAACAUAAGCUGUCAUGGUAACUAUUCCGACGUGGACCUUAAUUAUCCGGCGAUCACGAUAUCGAAUCUCCGCUCUGCAACAACGAUAAGGAGGACGGUUCGCAACGUUGGCCAAAGAAAUGCCAUUUACUUCGUGAGUAUCAUAAAUCCUCAAGGAGUACAUGUUGUGAUAAGGCCGAGUUACCUUGUUUUCUCGGAACGAAGGGAGAAGAUGACAUACUUUGUGACUGUGGAACCAGAUAAAUUUUCUCGAGGGAGGUAUGAUUUUGGGGAGAUAGUUUGGUCUGAUGGAUAUCAUUAUGUGAGGACUCCAUUGAUUGUUCAGAUUAACAGAAGCAAAGAGGAUAUGGUAAGUCUUAUUACUCAGUCUAGUAGUUAGCUUUUCUUCAUGUUUGGUGACUUUUGGCAUUACAUGGAAUUUGGCAGAGGUUAGUGGCUAACUAUCUGACAUUAAAAAGAAAAUUAUAAAUUUGAUAUGUAAUUAAAGUUUUAAUGAUGAUUGAUUAUCUUGAUUUUAGCUCAGCUAGUAUGAGCAUUCUAUGAACU